AUGCCCGUGCCUUAUUCUUCCCUGUUUUUCCAAAAUCAACCUGUAUUAAAUGAAUUUCAUCCAACAAAGCAGAGAUUCAGUGGGACAACGCUUACGGAAACAUUGCCUAUCAUAUCUUCUGCGUUGCCACAAGUGUCAGGGUUUAAACGUGCUCAUUAUAGUGGACAUCUUCCAGAGCUACAAACAAACAAGGAUGUGGCUUCUCAUUUUGAUUUUUGUGGUGUGUCUUCAGGCUUCCCUUUAGCUAGGAGUACCCUAACUGAGGAUGAUUUUCUUGAAAUGUCCUAUGAAGAAUACCUGGAGGAGGUCCAUAGCAGAGGAAGGAAACAGUUACGCAUCAGUGCAACUAAAUCAUCUUGA